GCACCUGAACUUAGGUAGACUGUCACGAUAUGAGCUCCACGUGAAAAGCACGACACGGACAGGCAGCAAACGGUGGUUCUGAACUAACAGCGACCGAGCACACUCCAGAAAGUAGACCAAUUGCUGUCUCCCGACGAACGUAACAGGAAAAAGAACAGUUUGUAUAUCAAGGAUUAUCAUGUUCCUUCGCUGUCUUGACAAACUUGAAGAGGACACACGUUUAAAAUUGGAAAUGCUCCGUUGACAAGGCUGAAACGCGCGUUCCAGGUGAUGUUCUGGAUGGUACACUGAUUUCAUCUAUAAUGGAGUGUAGAUUCAUACAGACUGUUGCCCCUCUUGGUGAUGGACACACAGUGGUUCAACAAACUCUGACAGUCUUUAGCUCCCUGUUGCAUUCAGCAGUCCUGUCGUAGGGGCCGCUGAGGGGGCAGACACUUCAUGCACUGAACUCAUACAAUGACUGACCCCAUCAUGGACUUCUUUGAUGACCCUAACAUAUUUGGGGGAGGGCUUGACAGCCUAGUCCAGGAUGAUCCAGGGUUUACCCCUGGGUCAGUGUCCUUGGAUGAUGAACUUCACCUCGGUCCUAGUUUGGAUAAUAUUCAGGUGGAUGCAGGAUCCAGAUCUUCUACCAUCCAACACGGGAUACCCUACAGUCAACCUGUGGGGCAUUUUGACACUGUGAAGGCACAGACCUCAAUGGAACAGUCCUUUCCUGGUCCAGAAGUAGGUAGCAAUGAUGGAAGAGCAUUUUUGCCACAGCAGCAACCAUUUCAAGGGCAUACUAUGAACCAAGUGCCCCAGACCAAUGGACUGUUUCUUCACAACAGCCCCAUGUGGGGAAACCAUGAUCAAAAAGGGAAUAACUACCAUCAGCAUCAUCAACACCACCAACAACUUCAUCAACAACUUCAACAUAAACAAUUUCAACAGCAACAACAGUUUCAGCAGCAUCAAGCUCAACAUCAGCAGUACAGUCAUCAACAUAUUCAGCAGAGACAGCACAGUCUCAAUCAACACCCAAUCUCAAACCAGCUGCAGCUUCCACACCAACAAAUAGCCCAUCAGGGCUUGCACGAAAUUGCCAAGAGCUAUCAGGAACAUCUCAAUUUUUACUAUGAGGGCAAUGUCCCCCAAAAUCAUUCCCAGCAGCGCCACCAUAACUCGCUCAGUGUAAAGGGUAGUCCCUUUCGUCCUACAGUUGCCCCGAGUGGACAUUCACAGUCCAAACAGUAUCUUGAGGCCUCAAUGAGGCCUGUGUCUUCUCAACACAGUGGCUUUCAGGUGGCACAAGGGGUCCAAGGUUUUACUACAGGUCCAAGGUUGGAAGACAAUGACCUGGCCUUCCCUGUCCAGUCUUCCCCUGCAAACCAUUCUUUCCCAACUGACUCGGUUAGCCAUGCUUCAUCCUAUCCCACAGCUCGUUACGUUCCCCCUGUAGUAAAUGAAACCCAGUCUUACUCCUCUGCCCCGGUAUCUAUUUCAACCUCUUCUAUGGUCAUCUCAUCAUCAGCUUCAAACCUGUUGGAUACUGGUUGUCCUUUCUUGUCUAAUUCCGGAAUGGAACAUCAGCAGCAACAAGUCCGAAUACCGGGCAGUCCAGCACAACAGUGCCCCUUACGUAGCUCCAAAUCAGACCAGAAUCCCUUCAGCUCCUCUGAGGUAUUCUCAGAUGGCCUGAACUCAUUCUCUGCAAACCAUCCAUUCUCUACGGCAGAGCGAAGGACCUGUGGUGUGCCUGGAUCUUUGGUUGCAAACCAGAGCGUAAGCAGCAUUAAUGGGCUUCAGGCUCUGGAGGAGGUCUUGCUUGGAGAGCAACCUGAUCAAAGACUUGACGAGCUGGGUGAAGGUUCUGACCUUAUGGGCGAUGAGCUGUUGCCCCAGCUGGAGGCACUAGACCAGGAAGAGAACUCCAAUCACUCUUGGAUAAAUGUAGGACUAGGGAAUGACCGAGAAGAGGAAGUGAAGGAGCAGGAAGGCAUGGAGGAUGUGCCAAUGGCAUACAAUGUACAGCCUCCUAAGAACACUAAUGGUCCCAGCAGCCAGCCACGGGUACUCAGCCCUCCAGUGAAAAACAGUUCCUCUUCUUCCUCUUCGUCAUCCUCGUACGUAUCCGUGUCUGAGAAGAGGGUGCUGAAGCGACAUCAGCAGCAGCAGCAGCAGCAGCAGCAGCAGCAGAUGGAGUCAUCUCUUUCGGACGAUAAACAACAGAAGGCCAAUCGAAUAAUCUCGGAGGCCAUCGCCAAAGCACGAGAGAGGGGAGAGAAAAAUAUUCCGCGCGUCAUGAGUCCCGAAUGCUUUCCGUCUUCAUCGUCACAGCACCGCAGUCAUAGGGCAGGUUCCUCCAAGUCCAGAGGCAAGAAUAAGAGUUCCAAGAAGGCCCGGAUUGUGGCGUCAUCCAAGCCCAAGCAAAAGGCUAAAAUUGGGAAAAUCGUUAUAAAGUUCGGAAAGAAGAAGCGAAAGAAGACAGAUUCCUCAGAUGAGCUGUCUGAUGAUGACAGACCAACUCGACGAUCCUCUAAAGAUGACGAUUCGAAGCGCCGUUCGAACCGGAAGAUCAAGAGGAAGAAGUAUGAAGAUGAUUGUGAGGCUCGACUGUCUGAUGAAGAAAUGAAGGUCAUCGUCAAAGCCAAGAAGAGCAAUCCCAACGCUCACAAACAGCCUGCAGUGCAACUGUUUGUGGAGAACCCAACUGAGGAAGAUGCUGCUGUGGUUGAUAAAAUCAUGGCAUCUCGUGUGGUGAAAAAAGAGGUUUCUCCUGGAGUGAUGGUAGAAAUUGAAGAGUAUUAUGUCAAAUACAAAAACUAUUCGUAUCUUCACUGUGAGUGGGCGACGGAGCAGCAGUUAGAGAAAGACAAGAGGAUCCAGCAGAAAAUCAAGCGCUUCAAGAUCAAACAGGCGCAGAAAGCACACUUCUUUGCUGAUAUUGAGGAGGACCCAUUCAAUCCUGACUAUGUAGAAGUGGACCGAGUUCUCGAGGUCUCAUACUGUGAGGACAAGGACACCGGAGAGCCGGUGGUGUAUUACUUGGUGAAAUGGUGCUCAUUGCCAUACGAGGACAGCACAUGGGAGCUGAAUGAAGACGUGGACCAGAGUAAGAUUGAAGAGUUCAAAAAGCUGCAGGCAGCAAAACCACACACCAACAGAGUGGAGCGUCCUCCAGCGAGUCACUGGAAGAAGCGGGAGCAAUCGCGAGAGUAUUGUAAUGGAAACUGUCUCAGGGAUUAUCAGCUAGAGGGGGUUAACUGGCUUCUCUUCAACUGGUACAACAGGCGUAACUGUAUUCUGGCGGAUGAGAUGGGUCUGGGAAAGACCAUCCAGUCUAUCACGUUUCUGGAAGAGAUCUAUCGCACAGGGAUAAAGACGCCGUUCCUCAUCAUCGCCCCUCUCUCUACCAUCACUAACUGGGAGAGAGAGUUCAGAACCUGGACGCACCUCAAUGUCAUAGUGUACCAUGGCAGUGUGGUCAGUAGACAGAUGCUGCAGCAGUAUGAGAUGUAUUUCAGAGACGCGCAGGGUCGUGUGAUAAGAGGUGCAUACCGGUUUCAGGCAGUCAUUACAACAUUUGAGAUGAUUUUGGGAGGCUGUCCAGAGCUUAAUGCAAUAGACUGGCGCUGUGUCAUCAUUGAUGAAGCCCAUCGGCUCAAAAAUAAGAACUGCAAGCUACUGGAGGGCUUCAAACUUAUGAGUCUGGAGCAUAAGGUGUUGUUGACGGGCACUCCCCUACAAAACACGGUAGAAGAACUCUUUAGUCUGCUGCACUUCCUGGAGCCGACCCGCUUCCCUUCUGAAAACCCUUUCAUGCAGGAAUUUGGAGACCUCAAGACUGAGGAGCAGGUCCAGAAACUCCAGGCCAUCCUGAAACCGAUGAUGCUGCGUCGUCUUAAGGAAGACGUGGAGAAGAAGUUAGCCCCUAAAGAGGAGACCAUCAUCGAAGUGGAGCUCACCAACAUCCAGAAGAAAUACUACCGCGCCAUACUAGAGAAGAACUUCUCGUUCCUUGCUAAAGGAGCUGGCCAAGCCAAUGUCCCAAACCUGCUCAACACCAUGAUGGAACUGCGGAAAUGCUGCAACCAUCCCUACCUCAUCAAAGGGGCUGAGGAGAAGAUCUUGGAGGACUUCAAGGUGUACAGCCCCACAGCAGUAGAUUUCCACCUGCAGGCUAUGAUUCAGUCGGCAGGUAAACUCGUUCUCAUUGACAAGCUGCUCCCCAAGAUGAAGGCCGGUGGACACAAAGUACUCAUCUUCUCUCAGAUGGUGCGCUGCCUGGACAUCCUGGAAGACUACCUCAUCCAGAGAAGAUACCUCUAUGAGCGGAUAGACGGCCGUGUACGUGGGAACCUCCGUCAAGCAGCAAUUGACCGCUUCAGUAAACCGGACUCCGAUCGAUUCGUCUUCCUGCUGUGUACACGGGCAGGUGGGCUCGGUAUUAACCUCACAGCUGCUGACACCUGUAUCAUCUUUGACUCUGACUGGAACCCACAGAACGACCUGCAGGCUCAGGCUCGCUGCCACCGGAUUGGUCAGAAUAAAGCUGUUAAAGUAUAUCGACUAAUCACACGCAACUCGUAUGAGCGCGAAAUGUUCGAUAGAGCCAGUCUGAAGCUGGGAUUGGAUAAAGCGGUGCUUCAGAGCAUGAGUGGACGGGACAACAGUCUAGGAGGAGGAGGGCAGAUGCAGCAGCAGCUCUCUAAGAAGGAAAUUGAGGACCUUCUACGGCGUGGUGCUUACGGUGCCAUCAUGGAUGAGGAAGAUGAGGGGGCUAAAUUUUGUGAAGAGGAUAUUGACCAAAUCCUGCAACGCAGAACCAAGACCAUAACUAUUGAAUCUGAGGGCCGGGGCUCCACCUUUGCCAAGGCCAGUUUUGUAGCUUCAGGGAACAGAACAGACAUCUCUCUGGAUGACCCCAACUUCUGGGACAAGUGGGCAAAGAAAGCAGAGAUUGACAUGGAUACUGUCAAUGGCAGAAACAGUCUGGUGAUCGACACCCCUCGGGUCAGGAAACAGACCCGACCGUUCAGCGCCACUAAGGACGAGCUGGCCGAGCUCUCUGAAGGGGAGAGCAGCGGAGACGACAAACCCAAACUCCGCCGGCCACAUGACCGUCUCAACAGCUAUGGCCGCACGGAAUGCUUCAGGGUGGAGAAAAAUCUGUUGGUUUAUGGGUGGGGCCGCUGGAAGGACAUCCUGACUCACGGCCGCUUUAAGCGACAGCUGAGUGAGCGUGACGUAGAGUGUAUAUGCAGGGCGCUCCUGGCGUACUGCCUCGUUCAUUACCGUGGAGACGACAAAAUCAAGAGCUUCAUGUGGGAUCUGAUCGCUCCCACAGAGGACGGCAGGACCAAGGAACUUCAGAACCAUUUGGGUUUAUCGACUCCAGUACCGCGAGGCAGAAAAGGAAAGAAGAUGAAGAUUCAGUCCAGCUCAUUUGACAUCCAGAAGGCAGAGUGGAUCCGAAAACACAACCCAGAACACAUGUUGUCUGAUGAUGGGUACAAGAAACACCUGAAACACCACUGCAACAAGGUGCUGUUGAGGGUCAGAAUGCUGUACUAUCUGAAACAAGAGGUGAUUGGAGCACAGUGCCAAAAAGUGCUGGACGGGAUAGAUGCCAGUGUGAUCGAGAUCUGGGUUCCUGAGCCGGAUCAUUCAGAGAUGCCUGCUCUGUGGUGGGACAUGCUCUCGGACAAAUGUCUGCUAUUAGGAGUGUAUAAGCACGGUUAUGAGAAGUACAACACUAUUCGUGCAGAUCCAGCACUGUGUUUCUUGGAAAGGGUUGGGCGGCCAGACGAGAAGGCCAUCGCUGCUGAACAGAGAGGAAAUGACUUUAUAGAUGGGGAUGUGGACGACCCUGAGUAUAAGCCUGCUCCAGCUUUGCUGAAGGACGAUAUGGAGGACGAUGCUUCCUCCCCGGGAGACCUGGUCAUCACUGAUGCAGGCGGAGAAGGAGGGUCUGUAUUAGAUGGUGGAGGUGGGUCUCUGGGUGCUGGCUCAGGGGUGUACUGGCCCUCGCCCUCUACGCUGACAGCCCGACUGCGGCGUCUGAUCACCGCAUCUCAGCGAUUCACCAAGAGCAGACAGAUACUUCAAAUCCACCAGACACAGCAGGCUACGACCCCAGCCCUCUAUGCUCUGCCUCCCACCGUCAGCGACACACUCAAUCCCAAAAUUGCUGCUAAGAUUGAAAGACAACAACGGUGGACACGGAGGGAGGAGGCCGAUUUCUACCGUGUGGUUUCAACAUUUGGGGUAGUUUUUGAUCCGGAUUUGGGCCGUUUUGACUGGACCAAGUUCAGAGCCAUGGCUCGACUGCACAAGAAAACUGACGAGAGUCUUCACAAGUACCUGUGUGCCUUUAUUGCCAUGUGCAGGAGGGUCUGCCGCCUACCAGCUAUAGAGGGAGAUAUGGUGGACUCCUCUCUUGCUAUUCAACCAAUCACAGAGGAGCGUGCGUCCCGUACCCUAUACCGCGUGGAGUUGCUGCGGAAGAUAAGAGAACAGGUGUUGCGUCACCCGCAGCUUUAUGAGCAUCUCGCACUGUGCCAGCCUGGACCGGAUCUUCCAGUGUGGUGGGAAACAGGAUCACACGAUCGAGAUCUUCUGCUUGGGGCGGCCAAGCACGGAGUCAGUCGAACAGACUACCACAUCCUCCGUGACCCGGAGCUCUGCUUUAUAGCGGCCCAGAGGAACUACAGCCAGAACAAGGGAACUGUAUCACAAGCCCAGAAUCAGACGCAUUCGCUGGGACAGUGUCACAUCCCGGCCCCCCUCCAACACAUUCAGCCUAAAGAGGCUUCUGCUUCACCACUCCUAAACCAAACUGAACUGAAGGAGGAGCUGAUGUCAGAGGGAGAAGAAGAGCGUGUAGAGCGAGAGCCCAAGAUGGAGAUACCCUCUAUCAGACCACCCACACCUUCAGGAGUGGACGAGAAAGAUAAUGUCAACAAAGCGGGAGAGAGCGAGAGUCGGAUGGUGGCGGCCAGAACAAAACCGCUCACGCCAAACUCAGUUACUCGAAAACAGAAGAAGCUGAGUAAGCGGAGCCGCAGAGAGGCCAGGAGGGGGUCGGGAUCAGACUCGGAGGGCUCCUCGUCCAGCUCUUCGUCAAGUUCUUCAUCGAGAUCUUCUUCCUCAUCCUCGUCUUCAUCGCGGUCAGGAUCCAGUUCCUCGUCCUCGUCUUCCUCCUGUUCUUCGGGCUCCUCGUCUUCAUCAUCAUCCUCAUCCUCAUCUUCAGAAGACAGUGACAGCGAAGAGGUACCAAAGAACGCGUCAGCAGUACCUGGUGUUAAAGGCUUUGACGAAGACAGCAUUGCCUCACUCAACACUACACAAGAUGACAUGCAGGACAGUCAUGUGACCAAUGGUAUCUCCAACCCUCCCCACCCUUUCCAGGGUGGAUAUAUGCUUGCUGCCUCCUACUGGCCAAAGGACCGUGUCAUGAUAAACCGGUUGGACAGUAUAUGUCAGGCAGUGUUGAAGGGGAAAUGGCCAGGGGUUCGUCGUGCUUAUGAAGGCAAUGCAGUGACUUCUUUCUACACCACCAAACUCCUGGACAACGCAACCACGCUCACAGAAGACCCCUCAGCCUCCCCUCAGGGUUCAAAGGUGAAGAAGCAUGUUGCAGACAGAGAAAAGGAGUUCUCAGUCAAAAUCAAUAACCAGGAGGGCAGCCUUAAACUGACCUUCCAGAAGCAAGGCCUGCCUCUGAAGCGCCCCCUGGAGGGUGAAGAGGGACCUCUCGCCCAACAGCAGUACUUAGCCCGGCUACAAGAGUUGCAGAACGCCUCUGAUACCAGCCUAGCGGACUACACCAAAACACUGAACAGCUAUCCACAAGUACCGCCAGAGCAAAUGCGACUGAAUGGAGUGAUUGAUGGACAGCCUGUAGUGAAGAGGAGGAGAGGACGGCGGAAGAAUGUGGAGGGGAUGGACCUGCUGUUCAUGAACAGAAACAGGCCUUCUGUGAUGCCAGAGCAGGUUCCUGCUGGUUGGAGUGGUGGCAUCGCAGGUACAUCCGCUCCCCCUGGGCUGAGCACACCUCAGGGGCCCAGUACCCACGAUACGGAGAGCCGCGUUCCCGUCAUCAGCCUCAAAGAUGGGACACGACUAGCUGGAGAGGAUGCUCCGAGACGGAAAGAUCUUGACCAGUGGCUGAAGGAGCACCCGGGCUUCGUGGCAGAUGUGGGAGCUUUUAUCCCUAGUGCAACCAAGCUGCAGUUUCAAGAUGGCAGACCAAAACAGAAGAGACAUCGCUGUAGAAACCCCAACAAAAUUGAUAUCAACAGCCUGACGGGAGAAGAGCGAGUACAGAUUAUCAACAGGCGAAAUGCUCGCAAGAUUGGUGGUGCAUUUGCUCCACCUCUGAAAGAUUUAAGCCGGUUCCUGCAAGAGAAUCCAGAGUAUGGGGUCCCACCAGAGUGGGCUGACGUUGUUAAACAGUCUGGUUACCUUCCUGAAAGUAUGUUCGACCGCAUCUUGACUGGCCCCAUCGUUCCCGAAGAGGUGAGCCGGCGAGGUCGACGCCCCAAAAACGCUCUGGCUAAAGCAGCCACCAUGUCCAGUGCCAGUGCCAACGCCGCCCUGGGGCUCAACCCACUCCUAUCCAACGGCCUCCUCACUGGGCUGGAUCUGCCUAGUCUUCAAGCUCUUCAGCACAACCUCCAGAGUCUCCAGUCUCUCCAACUCACCACUGGCCUAAUGGGACUGCCUCACGACCCCACCAACAUGGCCGCCAUGUUUCCAAUGAUGCUGUCCGGAAUGACUGGCCUGCCGAACCUCCUCGGGAUGAGCGGUCUCCUCGGAAAGCCCUCGCAGGAAGCAGCGGGUGGAGCUUUGACAGGUGACGAGGACGGAAAAAAGAGGAACGGCGGAGAGUCCGCCACGCACAAAGCGUCGGCUCAGACUUUGGUUCCGGAUAGCAAAGCGGAAAGGACAGAGGGUCAAAGCUCCAGAGCCACCACCUCGAUGGCCACCAACUCGAAUCAAACAAGUGCUUCUGUUUCAGGCCACUCACUGGCCCUCAACCCCCUUCUCCUCUCUAGUAUGCUCUACCCAGGGAUGCUUCUUACUCCAGGCCUUAACCUGCCUGUGGCCAACCAGCCGCAAGCUGCAAACACUCAGCCAACUCCGCUGCUGCAACCAGCUGCCUCUGAAGCCACGGUCCAGCGGCCCGGCCGCUCAGAGGACAGAGACAGCGAUGAGGGGGAGGAGCCCGACGAAAAGAAGGAUACCAGUGGUCCAGAAGGCUCAGCGAAGGCAGAGUCGUCCUCCUCCGAGUCCGACAGCUCCUCCUCGUCAUCCGAGGAUUCCGAUUCCAGCGACGAAGACUGAGUCUUUAUACAUGUAUAAAUAAAUAUUAUAUAUUUAUAUACAUCUCUUAGAAAUGUAUACAUAUACACACAUAUAGGAAUUAUCCUGCAUUUACUACAUCAUGUUUUUUGUUUCCAUGUAAAUAUAAUAACUAAAGUGUUGUGUAACGGAGGAAAAAAUGGAAAACGGAGAUUCUAGAGAAACUGAAAUGAGAUUUCAGUGUUUGUUUAGGUACAUUGUCGUUUCGAAGAGACGUUUUGCAUGUCGAAAAAAAAAAAACUUUGUGAAAUUGUAUUACACCAUGAUGUACAAUUGCAACGGACAAGAAGCAAAAACUAAAAGGCAUUAUUGUUAUAACUAUGUCGGGAUUUAAUUUUAUUAAAGAAAUGAGGAUGCUGUUGCUCAUUGCAGAGCUGUAUAAUUAAUAUAUUUUCUUUUGGGAGAAAAAACACAUCGACUGUUUGGGUUUCAUUUGUAAAUACUUGAGCAGGAUCCUGAACACAUAGACUUCACAGAGCAUACCUACAGAUCCACAGCAAUAACACACAGGCAGCUUAUGAAUGUCACUGAAGCUGUAGAGACCCUGCAUUUGUUCAUUCAUUCAUUCAUUCAUUCAUCACACACGUUCUUGUUCAUUCACUCCUAUUGCGAUUUGUGCAUCUGUUUACUGUCCUGGACUCUGCCUCCUGCUCAUGGUCUGUCCUUCCUUCCUUCCUUCCUACCUACUUUUAAAUUAUCUUCAUACAGCUAUUUUUACCCAAAGAUUUGAGUUUUGUACGUAACACGUGGGUGCAGGAAAUCCAUCUUGCCAACACGCAGUACGGUGACGUCUAUAGUUUAUCAUAUAUUCUUUUAGGGACACAUUCCUCCCUGCCUGAAACAUAUGCUUCCAACAGAUAUUACCGUUUUUAUUUCAGACCACUUUUCUUCACAUCCAUAUAUUCAUACAUUUCUUUUAGCGUUCAGACAGCACUGUGUGUGUGUGUGUGUGUGUACAUGUGUGGCGUUCUGUGCUUAUGAACACUUGCCUCAAUUUGCAUGAAAAUCUAUGUGUCCAAGGUCCUGUUGGCCUCACAUGCAAACCUUCUCGUGACAGACAGCAGUGCGUAUAUAUCCUCUUUUUUCCACAGACUGCUACAGUAUUGACACAUUAGUUCAUCACUUGCUAAAUCACCCAUGUUUGUAAUCCGUGUAAAAGUAUUGAGAGAAAUUCAAGUAUUUCCAGUAGUAUUUCAGUUACUUAGGCACAUCAAGUCCGCAGAUUUGAUGGGAGGGUUAAAUACGCUAUACAGUUCAAAAUUACAUGUUCCUUUAGUCUGAUCAAAUACGUCCGUCGUUUUUCAGAUCCACAUAGUCGCCUUGCUGCUGUUAGAUGUAAAUGACUGAUCUAGAAGUGUCCUUAUGCCAUACUUCAGUGUCUGUCCCUCAUAGAACGAUUCAUUGCAGUCGAGCACCUCGGCCAACACGAUGAACCUCAUUGGCGUUUUGAAUCAGGACGUGUAUGUGAUUUGUUUUCUGUAACAUGUGCUGAUGUACCCUUGUUCUAGACUGUUAGGCUCAUUUGAUUCACGCGAGUCUCUGCUGCGUCACGUUUGUUCAUAUUCAGGUUUGGCUACUGAAGUUUUCCAUUUGUGAUGCAAAUUUCUUCGGGAUGCACUGCACAAUGCAACUCUUUGCCUGUCUCACUAGUGAACACAGUAAUAGUAAUGGGUCUUUCCAAGCAUGUAUGAGUACAUUCAACAUGGUUUCACUCAGAUGCCCCAACUUUUAUCUCUCUCAGUGUGAUUUUUGCCUCAGUAGAUGUUCUGAAUGCCCUCUCCUCUCCACUGUGGCAUCAGAUCUUCCUCUUUCCAUUUAGUUUGUGCUGAGCCACGAACUUUGAAACUGUGUACAGGUAUUGCUGCUUUCCACUUCUUCCCAAACCCGCACAUGAAACCUAUAUAGUUCCUCUUAUUAUGACAUUGCAGCUUUAGCAUCUCAUUUAACUGAAUAAUGUUCUGAGAAGAAUUGCAGGUGUACUGAGAAUUGGACAUUUACCUUGGUUUUCUUUCUUUCUUUCUUUUUCAUGUGUAUACAUUAAUUCAGUAUUUUGGUUGUAUUUCAUGUGUUGCAUUAUGAACCGCUGGACUACUGACCAGAAUCAGGGCAAGACUUGCCGUUGUGGCACAAAGACAAUGACAUCCAACAUGCAACAGCAAAUGAAAUGGAAAUACACUACUGCAAAUAAAAGUUUGUUUUCAGUUAUGUGAA